AUGUCAUCGACUGAUAUACAACGAAUAGAAUUAUUAAUCCGUAUAUCAAACCAGAUCAGUCGUUACUUUUCUAUAUUUAUUUUUUUCGGUGGUACAAUUGGAAAUAUUUUUAAUAUUAUUAUUCUGUCUGAUCGAUCGAUUCGUAAAUUGCCAAGUGUUUUCUUAUUUCUGAUUGCAUCCAUUGCAAGUCUUAUUGCAAUACACCUAGGUCUUAUUACUCGAAUGCUAUCUGGAUGGGCAUCAGAUCCAACUUAUACAAUAGGAUGGCUUUGUAAACUACGUACUUUUCUUGUAUUUGUAUCGAGAGCAGUUGUAUUUUGGUUAUUCGUUCUGACCACUAUCGAUAGAUUAUUACUAUCAUCAUCAGAAAAUCGUCAACGUAGAUUAAGUACAAUGAAAAAUGCACAACGUGGUGCACUAUUUGUAAUAAUUAUGUCCAUUAUUAUUUAUGCUCAACUUUUCUAUUGCUAUGAAGCUAAUUUAACAAAUGCACCAUUUCAAUGUUAUGCAAAAUCAUCAUCAUGUCAACUUUUAACAGAUAUGACGUUUGCAUCAUUUACUACAAUAGUGCCAUUAUUAUUAAUGCUUAUAUUUGGUUUAAUGACAAUCUCAAAUAUUCGUGAAAGCCAUCGUCGUCUAUGUCAAACAUCUAUAGAAACAAUGACUCACAGAUUAUCACCAUCUCAACAACGAUCAAAGAAAAUGGAACGUCAUCUUUUAUUCAUGGUUUUUACACAAGUUCUUGUUCUUGCUAUACUUACUCUUCCACAAGCUAUUCAAAGAUUACAUGCGGCAUUCAUUGGUCCAUACAAUUCUCAAUUACAAGCAACUAAAGAUAUGUUUGUGUAUAAUAUUGUUCUUCUAUUAACUUAUUUAGCUAGUGCUAUGCCAUUUUACAUCUAUACAUUAACUGGUGGAAAUUUAUUUCGAAAACCCUUAUUAAACUUAAUGCAACAAAUUUAUCGAUUAAUUUUAUGUCGACGAUUUUAA